GACGGCGCAAUACCUAAUCGUCAAAUCGAACCUUUCACUUGCACGAUUUGUUUCAGAACUUCAAAUCCUACCCUCAUUUUAGAUACUUGAUAGAUCAAUUUAUUUUUAUUCAUUCUCUUUUUUCUUCCCUUUGCUUUUUAGUAUUGUGUCUUCAUGUCCUUCCUUGUUCCUGGUCUUGAUCUUGAUCCCUGUCUCCUUCGUGGCCGAUCCUAUCGCUCCCUUGGUCUUUAGAUGAUUUCGUCCCACGCGACUUUUCUCCUAGAAUCGCCUUCGACUAUAUUGCGCUUAGCUCAUUGGACGACGAUAUGACCCAGCAGGAACCACCACCGGUAUAUACGGCGACGGCCGAACCCCAGGCGGAGUAUGAGGCCCCGAGGCGGAGGCUUUCCGAGCUGUCCGUACCCGAAGACCAUAUGGCAAGCUCAUCUAUGUCCUGGGGAAGCAUACCAAGUCUGAGGCCGAGAAGCGGGAUGUGGAGUAUGGCGAGGAGGACUCUGGGUAUAAGUCUCUUGCUAGUAACAGUAUUCCUCUGGACGGUGUCGAAUUUCCUCGCCAGCUACAUAUUCUCCGACCACACCUACGAUAAACCGUUCUUCCUAGUGUACGUCAACACUUCCAUGUUCGCGUUGUCCAUGAUCCCGAUAUCCAUAAAAUACGUAAUACAAAACGGCGGCUUCGCGCGCGUCAAAAACCAAGCGAUCCAGGAAUGGAGGGCUGCGAGAUACGGAGGGGCCGAGAGGCUGAAGACGCAGGAGGAAGAGGACCUCACGGCGGGGGAGCGGUUACUAGUCGAAGAUGAGGACAGCCUUGAGGCGGCGGACCUACCGAAGCCGGGCGACAAGCUGGGAUUCUUCGAGACGGCGCGGUUCAGCCUCGAGUUCUGCAUGAUCUGGUUCUUCGGCAACUACUUCGCGUCGGCGUGCCUGGAGUACACGAGCGUGGCCAGCGUGACGAUACUGACGUCGACAAGCAGCGUCUGGACGCUCGUGUUCUGCGCCCUGAUGCGCAUCGAGCCCUUCUCCGUCCGCAAGCUAGCCGGCGUGCUGGCCUCGCUCGCGGGGAUCAUACUUAUCUCGACCGUGGACCUGUCGGGCGCGGACAACGACGAUAAUAGGGGGAAUUUCCCGCAUAAGAGCCAGAAGCAGAUCGCUAUCGGGGACGCGAUGGCUUUCUUCAGCGCCGUCAUCUAUGGGUUGUACGUCGUCGUCAUGAAAGUCCGCAUCGGCAACGAGGAGAGGGUGAACAUGCCGCUGUUCUUCGGUCUUGUGGGCGUUUUCAACAUUUUGAUCUUGUGGCCUCUGUUUUUUAUCCUGCAUUUUACGGGGAUCGAGCCGUUCGAAUUACCUCCGAAUGGCAAGAUUUGGUCGAUUAUCCUAAUGAACUCAAUAUCUUCCUUCGUCUCGGAUAUUUCAUGGGCUUAUGCCAUGCUAUUAACGACACCACUGGUCGUCACUGUCGGACUAUCCCUGACUAUCCCGCUGUCGCUUAUCGGCGAGAUGAUACAGUACGCGCAAUAUUCGAGUUUCGUGUAUUGGAUCGGUGCCGCCAUAGUCUUAGUCUCUUUCGUAUUCAUAAAUCACGAGAGUCGCGACGACGAGGAGGGAUCAGGGGCCGGUUCUGAGAGAAGCGCUAGAGUUGUAGAGCCAUAACCUCAUGUCCCUGGAACUUCUUGCUUCUUAUGUGGCACUAAUGGGAGCCCGGCGUCUUGGUUGGGAUAAUUUGGGAUUAAACUGGUCACUGGUUCGACUGGUGAAUAUAUAUGUAGAUGCCUAGUAGAGCUUACUGCAUACUGGACUUAAGGUAUCAUAGAAUGGGCAUCGUCAAGAACCUUAGAACUGUACUAUAUACGGUGUCGUCUGGAAUGAUGUACAUAUCCGGCAGUAUAUGUAUGAAGGCUACCUCUUAUGCUUAA